AUGGCGCGAAAGAAGCUGCUCUCCUUUGCGCUUGUGCUUGGCGUCCUGAUGCCGAUCGGGAUAAACCGGAACUUUCCACAAAAGGCUUUCGCCACGACGAGCUUGUGGCGAGGAUCCGAUGCAUUCAGCUUCGGCACGGUGAGAAGAGGGCAAGUUAGACUGGCAAAGACCCGCAGUCUUUCCCAGAAAGCUGGAGGACGCGCAGCAUCCACACUUUCUUACUACUUGGUUUGGUCUCCGGGAAUUUGGGCAAAGACGCUGUGCUCCUUUGCAACGCUAGUCACUCUUCAGCUUGUGGGCGGCCAUCUCUUCAGCGUGAGCGGCCUAGCAUGUCCAGCCGGUCUUUCCCUUGUUCGGCCCAUUUGGGACCUUGUCCUGCUGCCACUACUGUCGAGUGCUUGCUGCGGAAUUCAGCUCGUUAUCAAUGCUUUGGUUGGAGCUAGUGGCUGCGCCGGGUUCAACAAAUGGUUUGGCCCUCUUCGGCCCUACUUUCUCGGCUGUCUGUUCAGCACGACGGCUGUAUCCAUUUUCCGGAGUCACAGGAGCUUUCGAUUCGUUUGGUUGCAGUGCAUUCUUGCCUUCUUGCCGGAGCUCGUCCACCUUUGGAAUCUGCACGGACCUCAGAGGCGGUUCGGCGCUACACCUUCACACACCGUCGAACUGAGCAUUGCCAGCAUGGGCUGCGUGGCCUGUAUCAAGAAGGUGGAAAGCAGCCUCCGCGAGGUCCCGGGCGUCUUGCGCUCGGAGGCUUGGCUGGAAGAUGGUGGAAGGGCUCGGGUCCAAUGCAGCGUCUCGGAGACGGAGGCGACGGAGUCCCAAAAAGAGGCAGAGGCGCAGCGAUACGCUGCGUUAGGACAGCGCAUCUUCUUCGGUGGACGUCGGGCAGCCUUGCGAGACGCAGGCUUCUGCAGUCUCCAGUGCGACUGCCUCACGGCUGCACAAGAAGACCGCGCCUCCAAGGACAAAGCAGCCGGUCGAAGUGAUAUGGAGACCCACGUCCGGGUCGUGGCUCGAUUCAGACCCCCAGUCACGGACGAAGAGUUCAACGACCAGCCGGUCUUUUUGCUGCGUCCAGGCGACAACUCCAAUGCCAUUGACAGUGGAGUGGCAGAAAAUGCCACAGUGGAGUCUCAGGAUGGGCGAUGGACCUUUGAAUUCGACACAGCGUUCAGUGAAGAGGCAAGCCAGCACGUGGUUUAUGAUCGAAUUGGCCAUCCGGCCGUGCAGGACGUUCUGGCGGGCUACAAUGGAACUAUUCUGACGUACGGUCAGACAGGAAGUGGGAAAACCUUUACCCUCUUUGGGCCAAGCUUCACGGAGCGGGAGCUGCGUGGCCUCGCGCCAAGAGCUGCGGAACAGCUGGUGCAGGAAUGCCUGGAGAGACCAAGCGAGCUGGAGCAGGUUUCCAUCUACUGCACCUUCCUUGAGAUUUACCGGGAGAGGAUGCGAGACUUACUCCAUCCGUCCAACCAGAGUCUACGGAUCAAGGAGAUACCCCAGAGGGGCUUGAUCGUAGAUGGCUUGACACAGGACGAAAUCAGCAGCACCAAGGAUGUUUUCAAAGCACUCAAUGCAGGCAAUGCAUGGCGCUCUGUCGCCGCUACGAGGCAGAAUCAAUACUCUUCGAGGUCACACGCCAUCUUUACCAUUUACGUUUCCCGCCGCUGCGCCUCGGGGAGCAACGUGCGGGAGCGCUCGGGCAAGCUGUCCCUGGUGGACCUGGCCGGCUCGGAGCGUGUCAGUCGGAGCCACUGUGUGGGCGAAACCCUCGAAGAGGCCAAGAAGAUCAACUCUUCGCUGACGGCCCUUGGCAAGGUCAUUGAUGCAUUGGUGGAGCGGCGCGGGCAUAUUCCGUACCGUGACUCAACGCUGACCCGGGUGCUGGAAGAGGCGCUGGGUGGCAAUUCCCGCACCACACUUCUGGUGGCUGCAUCGGCUUGCGCACAGUACCUGGACGAAACCAUUUGCUCUCUUCGGUUCGCUUCAAGAGCACAGAAGGUGAGCAAUUUUGCCCAAGUGAACUUCGUCUACACCGCGGAAGAACUCCUGCCUCUGGUAAGCCAGUUGCAGCGUGAGCUUGCUGCUGCCCGACGUGAGCUGGCGCAUCAGACUUUGUCAACAAAGUCGCUCAGCUUGCCGCGGGCACGCGCGAGGACAAGCUCUACAUGCUCAACAGACGACACCAAGGAGUCGUUUGUCCGCAUUCCGUUGCCAAAAUGCAUUGAGCGUGAUGUGUCCACCUUGUCCACCGGCCUGUCGCGGCACAGCACGCUCUCGGCGGAGUCACCUCGCUCGGAGCAAAGCUCGCCGAGUGCACCUCCGUCAAGGUCGGGCGCCGAUGAGUUGGAGGAUUCUGCGUCGCUGUCGCCACCCCGGCCUUCCAGUGAGGCAUUGGCGCAAAGUGCUGCUGAAGCUCUGCGAUGCUUGGAGGAGAUGCUCCUAGCACAAGAGGAGGCAUUGGAGAAGGCCCACCUCCUGAGUGUGAAUCGGGAGGCACGACCGUCCAGGCAGACGAGCUGCAGUGAUCCGGCAUCGCAGAGCCCUGUGAGCCCAAUCAGUCGAAAGACUGUGACGUCAGCGGGAUCAGAUGAGCUCGACCUCAAGGACGGGCGCGCGCCUCCGAGCUGGAGCUGCGAAGGAGAAAACGCCUUUGCAUUGCGAUGGCGCUGUUUGCGACAUGCGGUGGAGGCCAGGGCACUUCGCUGGCGCUUGCAGCGCGAACGUCACCGCGCGGAGAGCGUGCAGUACGAGCUUCAGCUGAGGAAUCGCUACACCUCAGACCUCGAGAGAAGACUAGAGGCAGCCCAGGCAGAGCUCACUUUGCUCCGGGCUCCGACAGAUGCGUCCGGUCUUGAGAGGCGGUGCGACUCACCGACUAAGCGGCGGCUCAAAGCCUCAAAGUCGAUGCCUCGCUUUUCCUCGCCGUCUGACGCAAAGUCCAGCGAGGCCGCACCGACAAUGACCCAUGCGAAGUCUCUGGGAGUCUGCAUGGACACGAGGGAUCAGCCCGACUCACCGACAAAGCGACGGCUCAAAGCCUCACGUUCUGUGCCACGCUUUGCACCAUCGUCGCCCACGGAUGCGUCGUCGAAGUCCAUUGGCGUCGCCCCUGAGAACCCGUCUCAGCAGAACGAUCAGCUCCGGGCUCUGCGAGAAGCCCAGUGUGCUCUGCGAGGGGAGAACUUGGAGCUCAAGCAGGAGGCGGCCAAACGCGAAAGUUAUAUCGCAGCCCUUGCCGCAGACAAUGCUGCGAGCGAGGUGCGAGUCGCGGCGCUGAAGCACGAGUCUAGCGUCAAGGAUGCGAUGCUGGCUUGCCUCCGGAAGGAGACAUGGCAGCCUCCGGAGGCUUGUGACGAAGAGCUCGAGAAGCUCCUGGCAGCCGUUGCCACGCCGCUGCUGGAGGCAAUGCAAACUCCUCAAGCGCCUGUCUCGGCGCCCUUGAGCAUCGCCGCGCCUCCAGCCGUCAUGGCAAGGCGACCGCCGGCCUGCUUCGCGCCGAUGACUCCCAUGGCUGUGCAGAGAUAA